AUGUCGUCCCCUGAUCGCAAGGUCGUCUUGGCCGAGUCGCAGUCCUACGGCAGCGAUGAGGAGUCUGCCGUGGAGAGAGAUUGGACGGUCGAGGAGGAGGCCAAGGCGAAGCGCAAGCUGGAUCUGAUCAUCAUGCCCAUCCUGACCCUGGGCUUCUUCUGCUUGCAGCUCGAUCGUGGAAACAUCGCGAACGCCCUCACCGAUGACUUCCUCGAAGAUGUCAACAUCACCCAGGACCAGUUCAACGUCGGCCAACAAAUGCUGUCCCUCGGCAUCGUCCUCACUGAAAUCCCAUCCAACAUGAUCCUCUACCGCGUCGGCCCAGGCAAAUGGUUGACCCUCCAGCUCUUCCUCUUCGGUCUCGUCAGCACCUUCCAGGCAUGGCAGACCAACUACGCUUCCUUCAUUGCUACUCGUUUCCUGCUCGGUAUCACCGAAUCUGGCUUCAUUCCUGGUGGUCUUUGGACUUUAUCCACAUGGUACACUCGCCGCGAAACCGCAAAGCGAGUCAUGAUCUUCUACUUUGGCAACCAGUUCGGCCAGGCCUCUGCGAAGUUGCUUGCCUACGGUAUUCUGCACAUGCGUGGUGUAUCUGGCAAACCCGGAUGGUUCUGGCUGUUCGUCCUCAUGGGCGCCUUCACCAUGGCUUCUGGCUUCGUCUUUGGCUUCUUCUUGCCCGACUCGUUCAAGAACCCGCACAGCACGUUUGCUCCGAAGUGGAAGAUCUUCAGCGAGCGAGAGCUCUACAUCCUCAAUCGAAGAAUUCUGAUCGACGACCCAGCGAAGGGGAAGAAGAAGAAGCGCAUUGGGUUGUCGGCGUUCAAGAAAGCCUUCUCCAGCUGGCGCAUGUGGGUUCACUUCCUCAUUACCCUCUGCAACAACGGUCCCCAACGUGGCUUCGAUACCUACGCUCCAUCGCUCGUCAAAGAGAUGGGCUUCGACGGCUUGAAAGCCAACGCGAUGGCCGCUGUUGGUCUCUUCAUCCAGAUUCCCGUCUCCUAUUCAUUCAGCUGGGUUUCAGAUCACUUCAACCGACGAGGUGAAACCGUCAUCGCCGGCCUCAGCAUGGCCACUCUCGCCUACGUCUUCAACCGCAGCUUCACCGAAGUCAACAACCAAGGUCUGCGAUACUUUGGCGUCGUCUGGACUCAAGUCUUCGGCACUUUCUCCCACCCUCUCAACAUCACCUGGAUGUCGCUUACCUGCACCGACUCGGAAGAACGAGCCCUCGCCAUGGCCAUGGUUAUCAUGGGAGCCAACAUUGCCGGCAUUUACGGAGCCCAGAUCUUCCGCUCAGACGACAAGCCUCGAUACCGAAGAGCGUUCGUUAUUGGUAUUGCUGUGUUGGCAUUUGGCACGAUUCUUGCCAUUAUCAGAAAGGUCGAUGAAAAGAUCAACGGACGGAAGGGCAAGCAAGACGAUGACGCGAGCGAGGAGGCUUACGACGAUCUGAAGCGCAACGGGUCCGUCCCUCCGAGUGACGUGCAGCCGCAGCCUGCCAUGAUUGGGAGUGACUUGAAGCCUGUGGUGUCUUUGACGACGAGAUGA